AUGCCAUCCACCAGCAUCGCAGAAUUCAGAGAGGUCCUCAGAAAUGCAAAGAAUAUCAUAGCAGUCGCAGGCGCAGGCCUCUCAGCCGCGUCAGGAAUACCAACCUUCAGAGGAGCAGGUGGAAUGUGGAGAAAGUAUGACGCGAUGUCGCUCGCUACACCUGAAGGCUUUGCAGAUAACCCAUCCCUCGUAUGGCAGUUCUAUCAUUACCGUCGAGAAGCCGCACUCAAAGCGGAUGUCAAUGCAGCCCACCUCGCAUUAGCUUCCUUUUCUAUCCCAAGAAUUCGCCACACCGUUGCACCGGGUUCCUCCUUCACCUUGAUAACCCAAAACGUCGAUGGACUAAGCCCACGAGCGAUGAAGUGCGUGUUACAAGGUUGGGAUGGAGUAACGUUGCCGGAGGACCCUCCGUAUCUCAUCGAAAUGCAUGGCCGGUUAUUCGACGUAAAAUGCACCCAAUGUGACCACGUCGAACUCGACACAAGCUCUCCCAUUUGUGAGGGCCUUGCCGGGACGGAAAAGCUUGUAGAGCAAGCCGUCCUCGAUCCGGAAAUCCCAGAAGAGAACUUGCCUAGGUGCAAGAAAUGCGGGUCCCUCGCUCGUCCCGGAGUAGUGUGGUUCGGAGAAAUGCCUCACGACCUUCCCCUCAUCGACACCCUAGUCGAAAAGGCAGACUUAUGUCUUGUCGUCGGAACAUCGUCUACUGUAUACCCUGCUGCAGGCUACGCCAGCGAAGUAAGCGCCAAUGGCGGAAAGGUAGCCGUGUUCAAUUAUGAACGAACCAUGGGAGAUGAUGAUGCCGACUUUCUCUUCCUUGGUGGGUGUGAGGAAACCCUUCCGAAAGCAUUGGGUUUGCCCGACAAGCCAGCGUCGGAAGGUGCUCCGGCCUCGUCAUUGUAGUGUAGCACGUCAAUGCCUGGGGUCAUUUGG